CCUUCUUCAACCUCUCUUCAUCACCUAUUUCCAUGUUCACAGCCAGAGUUAUACCUUUAGUCUUACUAUAAUUGUAAUUUGUAGCUAAUUCACAUCACUACUAAAUAAUGCUACGAUUCUUGUCAUUCCACAGAAAGUCCAGCCUUUCUACAGAAGAACCACCUGCGAGUGUGGAUGCCCCGCGUCCCUGUGGCACUGGACAGCUCGAAAAACGCUCCUCAGUGUCGUCUGUCACAUCGACGCGUCCCUCUCGCGACUCGAUAUACUCGAAAGAAUCUUCGGCCACGUCUUAUAGCAGUGUCCAGUCCACCACUCAUUACGAUUUUGAUACUAUUCCCACCAUCACGAAGACAGCAUGGGAGCUGGAUCGUUACAGGCGGCCAUCAGUGACCCAGCGAUCGAGGUCGACUGAGGAGACCGCACCGAGGACGAACUUGUUUGAAAAGUUACCGCGAGAGAUAUACGACUGCAUACUACAAGAGCUAGAGCUACUUCACUUUCAGCCCGGGAAGCAUGUCUGCCCGUCUUGCUAUUUGCGAGAUGUCAGUAAUCUAGCUCUGACAAGUCGAGCCUGGGAUAAAGCUGCAAGAGCAAAGCUAUAUCGCAAUAUAUGGGUACUCCCUGACGAUGGAAACCACGAAAUGAAGAAGCUCAAGCUCAAGAAUACUCGCCGCUUGAAACUUCUACGCCGUACAUUACGUGAGAGAACGGCUCUAGCAAGGACCGUGAAGGAGCUCAACUGCCAGAACUACCAGGAGGUCUAUCGCAAAGCUGAUAUAUUUGACAAAGGGGAAAUAGUAGACAUGAUUGCAUCUGUUGUAAUGGCUUGUCCAGAUCUGGAGAAGUUGACAGGAUUCCAUGUGUCGUACAAUCACAGCUUCGACCGGCUUUCCCACGCUCUAUCCACUCGAAAUCAUCUGAAGGAGCGCAUAUGGCUUCUCAAGCCUCCGAGUGAUCCAGCAACCCCAACGUCCCCAACGUUUCCAAGGAACAGCGACUCGAACAACUUAUCUAAUCUCUACGACCCUACCGCCGACUUGACUGAAACCUUUCUAGCGCAGCACUCCUUCUGGCCCUCGCUCACCACCCUGAUCCUUCACUCGCAGUCCUCGUCAUCCUCUCCUAUAAUGACCUUUCGAGCCUUCAUCGCGACCUUCCGCUCUCUGCCGUCUCUAUCCAAUCUCUCGCUCUCCUUUUUCAGUGCCGCCGAGUUCUCGAACCGCACCCUAGCCGCCCUCCCCCCACUUCAAUCUCUCCGCCUCGAGAAACUGCCUGGUCUCACUGACGCAGGACUGCAACGAUACUUCGCCCAGCCCGCGGCCGCUUCCAUUGUAAAUCUAAGCCUGAUAAAUCUCCAAAUUACCGAUCUCGCCGUAUUGGGUAAAAUAUUUCAAUAUUUGAGCGAGUUAUCCCGCCUCACGCUAUCUCAGAACCCAACACCACGCCCAUCUGAAGAUGCGUGGCCACUGCCUGCAAGCACAGAUGCUGUGUUUCGCUCAGCCAGCCUGAGAUACCUGCACUGGUCGUGUCUCACGCCUCACCCGCCCACCACCGUCGCGCUAGGAAAGGCGAUUAAAGACGGCGACCUACCAGCAUUACGAACCCUCCGCGCACCGACCGACGACGGGACAUUGCAGGCAGUAUGUGCCCCCCGAGCCUCGAUCGCAAGAGAAGGCGACGAGACAGCAGUGAACAUAGCCGCCGUGGUUGCGGACCAACAACGCAAGCACCGCACGAGGGCAUCCAUGAUCGUGCAGCCCACUCCUACGCUCACACCGACGCCGAAGUCAGCGAAGCGAACAUCUAUGCUCGACUUGCGGCCGUCCAGGCUCACGGAAAUGGCAGCGGACCCAAAUGCAACAAAGGCGACACCACAGCUCCAGAUACAAACUGCUAUGGCGGUCAAUGCUAAAGGGAAGUGGAAGCGUGUCUCCACACCGGUGCCGCCAUCUUCCGUCUUCACGCGGCCUGAGCCUAAAACCCUAAUCUCACCACUCGCGUCUCCACCACUUCCGAAACCGAAUCUAAUUUCCCUCCCUGCUGCUCGAAUAGCUGCUCAGCAUCGUCUGGCUGUCGCGAGAAAACUUCCGGGUAUCAAGAUUACCAUCACGUCGCCCUCUGGCGUGGAUGUCAAGAAGUGGACAAUGGGGUCGUAUCUUGGGCUCGUUCAAGGCCCUUGUGUUGCGCGGUAUUGCCUUGAUCCUGAUAUAGAAGGCGAUGGGGAAGACGUUGUGGUCACAGGCGUGGCAGAAGUAGUAGGGGGAGCGAGAGCAGGGGGCGGACGGAGACAAGGAGAAGAGCCGGUAUGGGAACGAGUGAGAGUCAGGGGGUGUUUGCAUCCUGGAGGAAGAGGAGGGGAUCAAGUGGGUGCGGAUGAGCUCUUCUGAUUCAACUCAAGGAGCUUCAUACCGAAGUUGUAGAGAAAAAGUUUUUCAUAACUCGCAGCGUGGUGUGUCCACUCGCUCUCAAACGCCUCUAUGUAUACCCAAACCCAACAUCAAACGAACACCCCUCACGCACUCUGGCUCUCCUCCGGCCAGACAUCCCACCCAAACGUAUCUUUCAUAUUUACAAA